UUUUUUCUUAAAAGAGUCUAAAUAAAACUUGUUUUAAUCAUUUAUCUCUUCAUUUUUUCAACUGAGAUUAUAUUAGUAGAGACGGAAAGAGAUUUUGAGUUAGUAAAAGAGUCGAUUGGUUGAAAACCCAAAAAGAAGUUCAUAAUUAGGUAAAUGCCAUAACAGUAAAAGUUUACAGUCUACAGCACUAAAUGAGGGUUUAAAAUUAUGUUAAUCUCCUUGAUAUUGUCUCCUUCUUCUCUUACUUUCUUUCUCUCUCUAUUUACAAAAAGCAAAAGAGAAACACUUUCCGACUCGCUUUGUUUCUGUCGUGACGAAAAAAAUUCCAGAAAUUUCAAUGGGUUGUUGUCAAUCCAUGGGUCCGGGCGAACACCAGCCGCUUGAGAAAGAUGGAGCUCAACCGACGCAAGUGACUGAAAACCACCACGGCGGCGCUACGACGGCUGAUAACAGCGGCGGAGAUGGUGGUGUAGCUGGAGGAGGAGGAGGAGGAGGAGGGAUCCCGUCUUUCUCUGCGUUCUCUUUCUCCGACCUCAAAGCAGCUACAAACAACUUCAGCUCCGACAACAUCGUGUCUGAAAGCGGCGAGAAAUCCCCAAAUCUGGUCUACAAAGGCCAACUUCAGAACCGCCGUUGGAUCGCCGUCAAGAAGUUCACUAAGAUGGUUUGGCCUGAUCCUAAACAAUUCGCGGAAGAAGCAUGGGGUGUUGGGAAAUUCAGACAGAACCGGUUGGCGAAUUUGAUUGGAUACUGUUGUGAUGGAGACGGUGGGAGAGAAUGUGUUGUGAAUCUUAACCGACGAUUUGUGUAUAGAACAGUGAAGUAAUUUAGGAUUUGUCUGUAUUGAGAUUUGCAGAGAAAUGGAGUUUGUGGAGAGAGAGAGAGAGAGAGAGAGAGAGAGAGAGAGAGAGAGAGAGAGAGAGAGAGAGAGAGAGAGAGAGAGAGAGAGAGAGAGAGAGAGAGAGAGAGAGAGAGAGAGAGAGAGAGAGAGAGAGAGAGAGAGAGAGAGAGAGAGAGAGAGAGACGACACAAUAUGAAGUCUAUGAUAGGUAGAAGUAAUAGGGGUAGCAGAGACAUUAGAGAAAAUGUACAGUGUAUAACAGUGAUUUUUGGUAUAUCGCUAAUUAGGGGUGGGCACUUUACCCGA